AUGAACAAACUUUUGUUGGCCAAAAAUGAAGUCACAAUUCCAAAAAACACCUUUUUUUCCCAUAGUGUAAUAGUUUCUACUUAUUCUCUCACUCUCAAAUUAAGGUAUAGGGUAGCCAAGAGUGUCUAUUGUAUAUUCAUUCAGCUGCUUCAAGAAAUACAAGCUGCGAUUAUUUCUUUAAAGAGUGGUCAAGAAGCAUUGCUAGACCAUCAAGAAGCAUUAGAAAAAAAACAAGAUGUGGUGCAACUUCAAAUGACAAAUGUUUACAAUUUAUUUAAAGAUUGUGAAUUCCCAAACAAAACUAUCGCAACAUCUAGCAAUACUCCUACUGACAUCAUUCUAAGACCAGUAUCAAAAAUCAAUAAUAUUACUACAAAACAUAUAUAUAUGAUGAUAAAACAUGAUCUUGGGAUUGAGCUAACCGAGGAAAUCAAAAGGAUUGUUAACACAUGCACCAAGAUUAUAUGUGAUAACUGGCAGCUCUUCCAUCUGUUCAGGAUCUUGAAACAAACCACAGCUGUUCAUUGCUUCCUCAAGAAGAUAAAAACAGGCUGUGUAUCAAUCAUUCUAUCAUACUCAGAGACAAUGAAAUUGAUUUCACCAAAUGUCACAGAAACUGAGCGUCACUUGCAAAGGUUAGCCAGCUCUGGAGAGAGCAUAUGA